GGCAGAACUUUUUCUGAGGCACCGCUGCUUGAUUAUGACGUCGGAUGGAAUGAACAAAUAACGUAACAAUAAACAAUAAUGCAAGGUUGGAAACCGAGAAUACAAGAGGCUGUGUUUGAGUAGUAGAAAUGAUCCAAAGAAAAUGACACACAAUCAUGUUUAUUAUUACGGUGGAUGUUAUUCUGUUCAAACCAGACUUGUUUCACCGAAGCAAGCAUCGACAUCGACAGAUCUGCGGGACGAAUCGAGUGAUGGAUCUAGUAUGGAUAUGAGAAAUCAAAAUGAUUCGGAAACAUACAAAAUGGCAAGUUAUCAUCAGAAUAGACUACAAAACUGUAAUGAAUUUCAAGAAGAGCCAGCACCCAUUAAUCCGAGUUCCUGUAUAGAUAACAACAAGCGUGUGAAGUUAACCCACAUGCCACGUGAUUCUAAUGGUUCAUACGAAACAUCAACUCAAAGUAGUUUUUCUAGAUCAGACGAUAGUGAUAUGGAAUUUGAAAUUUACCACACUUCUCUGGUGCAAAACGCAUUUGCACCAUGUCCACUCCAGGUUCCUCUAGAAGACAACUGUUUUUGUCCGCGUGCAACAUCAACGCCUACGAUGUCGCCCGAAAAUCCCAAAAGUCUUUCAAACCAACCAAUCAGAACAACAACGCAGAGAAAACCUGCUAAACGUAAAUUACAAUUCUCUUCCGAAGAUGACGAAGCUGUGUAUUACUUACAAGCAAAAUAUUUCAACAACCAUGAAAACUGAUAGUAUUUUUUAGGUGAACAAUUUAUUCAAACUUUUUUAAACGACAAAUCAUGUAGAAAAUUUAAAAUAAUUUGGAAAAAAUAAUGGUUGAAAUUAUAUUUUGUAUUCAUAUUCCAUAGUAUUUAUACAUUUUUAAUGCUCUAAUGAAGUGUAAUUUUCAUGUAUACUGAUAUAUAUUAUAUUUGAUAUAUAUUAUAAUUUAUAUUCUUAA